GCUUUUGCUCAUCUUUUUGGAGAUUUCUUACCAUACAAUGUUACCAAAGCUAUUGAAUUAUUUGAAGAUUUGUCAAAAAGAGGUUCACCUAAAGGACAGCUGGGUUUAGCUUUUGUUUACAGUAGUGGUUUAACCUAUAACUCCAGUCAGGCCAGGGCUUUAAUAUUUUAUACAUUUGCUUCACUAGGAGGUGAACCAUUAGCUCAAAUGGCAUUGGGUUAUAGAUAUUUUGCUGGUAUUGGUGUAGAAUUAAAGUGUGAAACAGCUUUACCUUACUAUAAAAAGGUUGCUAGUACAGUUGCUGCAUCAGUCAAAGAAGCAGGUGGUCCUAUUGUUCAGAGAAUAAGGUUACAAGAUGAACAAGAGAAUACAGGCCAGAAUUCACCAUUAUUGGAUGAUGAUUUAUUACAAUAUUAUCAUUUUUUAGCUGAUAAAGGUGAUGUUCAGGCGCAGGUUGUAUUAGGUCAGUUAUAUUAUCAAUGUUAUAUUCAAGCUCUACAUUAUUUUCUAAUGGCAGCAGAAUCUGGUAAUGCUAAUGCUAUGGCAUAUCUAGGAAAGAUGUAUGUUGAAGAUAGUCCAGCUGUAGUACAGAAUAAUAAAACAGCUUUACAUUAUUUUAAAUUAGCAGCUGAUAAAGGUAACCCUGUUGGUCAAAGUGGAUUAGGUAUGAUGCAUUUACAUGGUCGAGGUGUUGACAAGGAUCAAACAAAGGCUUUUAGAUUCUUCUCAUUAGCAGCAGAUCAAGGAUGGGUAGAUGGUCAAUUACAACUGGGUAUCAUGUACUUCAGUGGCCAAGGUGUAAGGAGAGAUUAUAAACUAGCUGUCAAAUAUUUUACAUUAGCAUCUCAAGGCGGCCAUGUUUUAGCUUAUUAUAAUUUAGCUCAGAUGCAUGCAACUGGUACUGGUGUAUUGAGAAACUGUCACACUGCUGUAGAGUUAUAUAAGAAUGUAGCUGAAAGAGGAAAGUGGUCCGAAAUGUUAAUGGAUGCUCAUAAGCUAUAUAAAGAGGGCCAUGUAGACAAUGCAUUAAAUAAAUACUUAUUUUUAGCUGAGUUAGGAUAUGAAGUUGCUCAGUCAAAUGUAGCUUAUCUUCUAGACCAAGGUGAAUCAGCAAUGUUUCCAGUGACAGAAGGCUAUCAGAGAGCUUUGUUACAAUUUACUAGAGCAGCUACACAAGGUUCCACUAUAGCCAGAGUUAAAAUGGGAGACUAUCAUUAUUAUGGAUAUGGUACUGAGAUAGACUAUGAAAGUGCUGCUAUACAUUAUCGUUUAGCAACAGAACAACAGCAUAAUGCUCAAGCUAUGUUUAAUUUAGGCUAUAUGCAUGAAUAUGGUCUAGGUUUAAAACAGGACAUUCAUCUGGCCAAAAGAUUUUAUGAUAUGGCAGCAGAAACGAGCAAUGAUGCUCAAGUACCAGUUACUAUAGUUUUAUUAAAACUAGGAUUAUUUUAUGGGUUUGAAGUGUUUAAUAAAGAGUAUGAAAGUGUUAAUGAAGUGAUAGGAAAACUAGAUCCAAGACUAUAUUUUGGUCCUGAUUGGGAACUAUAUUUAUUGGCGUUAUUAGCCUCAUUAUUAGUGAUGGUGAUAAUGUUACGUCGUGCAGCGUAG